CAAAAUUUCUUUCGCUUAAGAAAAAAGGAUUUUGCUUUGCUGCUGCUGCCUCUGUAGUGUUGCGGUGAAUCGGAUGGCUAAGAGGCGAGACCGGCGAGUCCCAGCCGAUUCGGCUCGCCGUCAGAACCGAGUCGAACCGUCCAUCGACUCAGUAGCUUCUCACUCCAAUCAGAAUCAGAAGCUCAUAACCAUCUUCGUCCUCUUCUUCGUCGUCUCUGCCGCCUUUUCCGUAUUCAUAUACCGUAUUCGAUACCCCCCGCGUACGGACCCUACUCCUCCAAACGUAUACCAACGAGGCCUUGAUGAAACAAACGUGAAUUACCAACAAAUUCUCACUGAGAAUACGAAAGUCUCGGAAAAUACAUCUCAUCGACAUUAUACAUAUCCUGUACUGGCCUACAUUACUCCAUGGAAUUCUAGAGGCUAUGAACUUGCGAAAACGUUCAACUCUAAGUUUACUCAUCUUUCACCUGUGUGGUAUGACCUGAAGAGCCAAGGGACCAAGUUAGUUUUGGAGGGAAGACAUAAUGCUGAUAUAGGAUGGAUUUCUGAGCUUAGACUAACAGGAGAUGCCAAGGUUUUACCUAGAGUUGUUCUGGAGGCUUUUCCUACCGAGCUGCUUAAAAAGAAGAAGCUGAGGAGGAAAGCAAUUGACCUCAUAAUAUCAGAGUGCAAGGAAAUGGAAUAUGAUGGCAUUGUGCUUGAAUCUUGGUCAAGGUGGGAAGCUUACGGUAUCUUGCAUGAUCCAGAAAUGCGCGAUAUGGCACUUCAGUUCAUAAAGCAACUUGGACAAGCUUUGCAUGCUGUGAGCUUAGAGAGGAAUAAUAAGCAACCAUUACAGUUAGUGUAUGUUAUAGGUCCACCACGUUCAGAGAAGCUCCAAGAGCAUGAUUUUGGGCCUCAAGAUCUUAAAAGCUUGAGUGAUGUUGUAGAUGGUUUUUCGCUUAUGACUUAUGACUUCUCAAGUCCUCAAAAUCCAGGUCCAAAUGCACCUCUGAAGUGGAUCCACGCUAUCUUGCAGCUGCUUCUUGGUACCACCAGUGGUGGUUCUCAAAGCCUGGCCCAUAAGAUAUUUGUUGGCAUGAAUUUCUAUGGGUACGAUUUUGACAUUUCAAAAGGUUCAGGCGGUGGAGCUAUUACUGGAAGGGAAUACCUGUCUUUGUUGGAGCAGCACAGGCCUUCAUUGCAGUGGGAGAAGAACAGCAUGGAACAUUUCUUCAUAUACUCUGAUAAUCAACAUGUCAGGCAUGUGGUGUUUUACCCAUCACUGAUGUCAAUCAAGAUGCGGCUAGAGGAAGCUCGUUCAUGGGGUGCUGGCAUCUCGAUAUGGGAAAUUGGUCAAGGUCUGGAUUACUUUUUUGAUCUUCUGUAAUAAAAAAAGGGUUAUUUGUUGUUUACUCUUCUCUAACCAGGGUAACAAAAAUUUUGGUUAGUAGUUCAUUAUCAGAUUGUGAGUUCUUGGAACAUCUCUAAUAGGUCAUAAAUUCAUAAUUUCUAAUGCAGCUCUAAACAUAAUUUGGACUUCUUUCUGUU